GUAUUUCCGGUUGACAGCGGAAGUGGAAGUAACAGGUUUCCGGCGAAGCUCUCUAUGGUUUACAGAUCUUCCGCGUUGUUUACUAUGAAAUAAAACAUAUCUGACCUUUUCCUGUGUUAAAAUAACAUGACGUUUAGAUCGUUAUAUUGAUAAUUUAGACCAAAUCUCGUCAGAAUGCAUCGCAGAGGCGUUGGGGCUGGGGCCAUAGCCAAAAAGAAGCUAGCAGAGGCCAAGUACAAAGAAAGAGGAACCGUACUUGCAGAGGACCAGAUAGUUCAGAUGUCGAAGCAGUUGGAAACGUUUAAAUCCAACCUGGAGGAGUUUGCCAGCAAGCACAAACAAGAGAUCCGUAAGAACUCCCAGUUCAGGGUCCAGUUUCAGGAGAUGUGUGCCACCAUCGGCGUUGACCCGCUAGCUUCUGGUAAAGGCUUUUGGUCUGAGAUGCUCGGUGUGGGUGAUUUCUACUACGAGCUGGGCGUACAGAUUAUUGAAGUGUGCCUCGCCCUGAAGCACAGAAAUGGAGGACUCAUCACUCUGGACGAGCUCCACCAGAGAGUGCUGAAGGGCCGGGGUAAAUAUGCUCAGGAUGUGAGCCAGGAUGACCUGGUCAGAGCUAUAAAGAAACUGAAGGUGAUGGGAAACGGUUUUGGGAUGAUUCCUGUUGGCGGUUCUUACCUGGUCCAGUCAGUCCCAGCAGAACUGAACAUGGAUCACACUGUAGUUCUACAGCUUGCCGAGAAAAAAGGAUACGUCACUGUGAGUGAGAUUAAAGGCAGCCUAAAGUGGGAGAAGGAACGAGCGUGUCACGUGCUUGAUCAUUUGCUAAAAGAAGGCUUGGCUUGGCUGGACUCUCAAGCAGGCGGGGAGGCUCAGUACUGGCUGCCGGCGCUCUUCUCUGAGUUGACCUCUCGUGACGUCACGCCGGAGGAGGCCAAUCAGAUGACGCCUUAAGAAGAUUUAUGGAUGGAUUGUUAUAUCGUAACUGGUGGCAGCGUUCACUGACAUGUUGCCUGAAAGGGCUGGUUCACCGCCUGGAGCCAAUAGACCGGGUGAAGUCCCAUAAGGAUCACUGUGGAAGAGGGGGAUUGUUUUCGUCCUUCUAGUACAGUGCAUUGCAAAAGUAUUCACAUACCUUGAACUUUCUCAGUUUAUUCACAUUAUGACCACAAACUUCACUGUAUUGUUGUGGGAUUUUAUGUGACGGAGCAACACUAAGAAGUUGUGAAGUGGAAGAAAGAUUAUAAAUGAUUUUCAAAUAUGUUUACAAAUAAAAAUCUAGAAAGCGUGCCCUGCUUUUGUAUUUGCGCUGCUGGCUCAAUACCUUGGCUGGAACUACACCAGCAGCGCUUCAGGAGACUAAAAUGUUUGCCCAUUUCCUUGGCUCAUGCUUAGACAGAUGGGACGGAGAGUAUCUCUGAAAAGCAAUUUCAAAGUCUUUCUGAAGAUUCUCAAUUGGAUUUAGUUCUGGACUUUGACUGGGCCAUUCUAGCACAUGGGUAUGCUUUCAUCUAAACCAGGGGUCUGCAACCUUUAUGAUACAAAGAGCCAUUUUUGUAAUAAAUAAAAACAUAAUGCAUGCUAUUUUCAGCCAUAUGACUUGUGUGAUUUUCUUUUUGGGGGGGGGACAGAACUGAUAAAAUAAGUUUUUCUCAUCUUUCUAUACGAAAACUAAUUCAUACACAUUUUGGUUUAAGCUUUUAAGAGCCACUAUAAAUGCCCCAAACUGCCACAUGUUGCAGACUCCUGAUCGGCUCCGUGUCGUAGCUCUGGCUGUUCUGUUCAGGGUUAAGGAUACAGUGAACCUUCACACUAGUCUCAAGUGUUAUGCUUCAUCCAACUGGUGUUCGUCCAUGAUUGCCCUGUAAUUUAGCUUCAUCCUUCCUCCCCAUCAAUUCGGACCAGAUAUCGCCUGCCCGCUGAAUAAAACUAUCCCCAUGACAUGAUGCUGCCACUACCAUGUUCCACCAUUGGGGUGGUAUGUUCAAGUAGAGGUGAGAAAAUGUGGAAAGUUCAAGGGCGUUACGAAUACUUUUGCAAGACAAUUCUUUUUUUUUUUUGUCAUGAAGUGUGAUUGGAUAAGAAAUUUUAAUCUUGGUGUGUUUUUUUGGUGGUCGGGGGAAUUCUCAGUGCUAAACAUGUAAAUUAACAUUUUCUUGCAUAAAAAAAUCUUUUAAAGAAAAACUUUUCACCAGA